AUGGCAUUCUCGGGUCCUUCUCUGCCGGCAUGGCGGAGCAUUGCACCUCGUCUAUCCAAAGACCUCUUUACCUGCCGACAAUGCCUCCGGAACCAAGGCUUCGCCGCCAAAUCCGUGCGUCGCUUCGCCGCAAUCCCGUCUCCCAAGCCCAGCACGACCCGCUCGCUCCUUUUCACCGAUAAGAACCGCCAGUUCUUCACCUCGAGCCUGCGACGGUCCGUGGCUGCACCAGCAGUGGCUGCUGUAGCCGAGGAGAGCGCCGCCAAAGCCAAGUCGAGCUUCCCCAAGAUCAGCGACAAGUCCGUUGCAUACUGGCUUCUGGGCAGCGCAGCGAGUGUGUUUGGUAUUGUCGUCUUCGGCGGUCUGACCCGUUUGACGGAAUCUGGAUUGAGUAUCACCGAAUGGCGACCUGUUACUGGUUCCGUGCCUCCCAUGAACGCCGAGGACUGGGAGUCCGAGUUUGCGAAGUAUCGCGCAUCUCCCGAGUUCCAGCUCCUAAAUCCCAACAUGAACAUCUCUGAAUUUAAGUCGAUCUACUACAUGGAAUGGAUUCACCGUCUCUGGGGCCGAUUCGUAGGCCUCUCGUUCGUCCUGCCUGCUGUUUACUUCGUCGCCCGGAAAAAGGUCUCGACGCCCAUGGCCUGGCGUCUGGCUGGUAUUGCUGGUCUGAUUGGUUUCCAAGGCUUCUUAGGCUGGUGGAUGGUCAAGUCUGGUUUGAAGGAUGACCUUUUCGCACCUGGUAGUCACCCCCGUGUGAGCCAGUACCGUCUUACUGCUCACUUGGGUGCUGCCUUUACUUGCUAUGUUGCCAUGUUCUGGAAUGGCCUUGCUAUUCUGCGCUCCCACCGACUGAUGAAGGAUGCUGCUUCUGGCUUGAAGCAGCUCGAUGCUCUCCGUGACCCUCGCCUUGCGAUCUUCCGCCGCUCGGUUGCUGGUCUUGCUCUACUGGUUUUCACUACUGUCAUGUCUGGUGGCCUUGUUGCUGGUCUUGAUGCCGGUCUUAUCUAUAACGAGUUCCCCUACAUGGGCAACGGUCUUGCGCCCCCUAGCUCUGAGCUUUGGGAUGCGCGUUACUCUCGUCAUGAGGAUCGCUCUGACCUGUGGUGGCGCAACAUGCUUGAGAACCCCUCGCUUGUCCAACUCGACCACCGCAUCCUCGCCAUGACUACCUUCACCUCGAUCAUGGCUUUGUGGGCCUACUCCCGCCGCUCGCCGACCUUGAAGCGCAUUCUGCCGCCUGCUGCUCGCAAGGGUAUGCACGGUGUUGUGGGCUUUGCCUGCUUGCAGGUUGGCCUUGGUAUCUCCACUCUGCUCUAUCUUGUUCCCACGCCGCUGGCUUCUGCCCACCAAGCUGGUAGCUUGUUCCUCCUCACCUGGGUUCUCGUGCUGGGUAGCCGUAUCUGGCACCCCUCGCGCACAGCCAAGCUUCUGCAGAUGGCUGCCAAGGCUCGUGGCCAGCAGAUUUCAAGCUCCACUGCCUCGGCCGCGACGCGGCUGUGA